AUGGAAGCUAGGAGGAGGAUCCGGAUCUCCUUCUCCGAUCCUGAUGCAACCGAUUCAGACUCCGGCGAGGACGCGAGUUCCGCCUCCUGUGGCAGCAAGACAAAGAUUGUAAUCUUGCAUUGCAGUAGUAGCACCAGGAAGAACCCUGCUGGCUGUGGUUCGCAACAAAGGCAAGCAAUCCGAUCGUCGUCGGCGAGCUGCCGGGACCGCGCCGUCGUCGGUUUGCGCCCCGUGAUGAAGCGGUGCCGCGGCGUGUACGAGCGGCAGCCUGGUCGGUGGGCGGCGGAGUUUCGGAGCCACAGACACAAGGCCCGGCAUUGGAUCGGGACGUUCGCCACCGAGGAGGAGGCCACGGCCGCGUACGACGACUUCGAGAGACAGUUCGUCCCGUCGCGGCGCUGUGGCCUGCCGCUGCCGCUGGCGGCGUUGGAGCGCGGCCAUGGCCGCGCUGCUGGCGUUCACAGAGCAUCACAUCCACAUCGACAACGGCAUCCACAUACACCUGAUACUGAGAAGCGAUAG